AUGACGCGCUCAUCUUUCUCGAUGACUCCUGCCCUCGUGGCCCUGUUCUUUGUGGCCCUCGUGGUGGCCCUUACGUGCAGCUACCCGAGCUAUGGUAAGUGCACGGCAAGUUAUUCGUUGACCAACGUCUCCGACCCCCAAAUCCAGACCUGGCUCACCUCCAACAUUGCCGCCAAUACGGAAAGCUCAGUCACCUGGACCGGUUAUGUGCAAAACAGGGCCGUCACCAACGUACUCACUUUCAACUUUACUGCUAGCGAAGAUGCCGCUGCCGCUGCAGACUCGUCGACGGUCACCGGUGUGCGAGUCGCCGUCGCCCACGCCCUCCGCUACGCGGUCGGCUACUCCAUCGCGAACGCCGACGCCCUCCGCGUCGAUCAGUGUCACGCCCAGCAGGUCGGUCACGCCGUCGGUGACGCCCUCGAUCUCAGUCACGCCCUCCAUCUCAGUGAGCCCCACGCCCUCGAUCUCAGUUACACCCACGAAAUCGGUGACGCCCUCCGCCUCGCGGACCCCUUCGCCUACGAUCUCCUGACGCCCUCGAACACGCCGACCCGGACGCCCACCGGGUCGCCCACCCGGUCGGCCACGCCCACCAUCUCGGUGACGCCUACCAUCUCGGUGACUCCCGUCGCCCACUCGGUCGGUGACGCCCACAAUCUCGGUGACGCCCUCGCGCACGCCGACCCCUUCGCCCACCCGGUCGGCCACACCCUCCAUCUCAUGACGCCCACCAUCUCGGUCACUCCCUCCAUCUCGCGCUCGCCCUCACCCACCCGUAUCUCCCUAACGCCCUCGGUCACGCCCUCGAUUUCGGUCACGCCCUCAGUCACGCCCUCGAUCUCAGUGACGCCCACCAUCUCGCGCUCGCCCUCGCCCACCAGUAUCUCCCGAACGCCCUCGGUCACGCCCUCGAUCUCGCGCUCGCCCACCGCCUCAGCCACGCCCUCCACCACCCCGUCGCCGUCGUCGACGCCUUCCAACUCGCCGUCGCCCUCCAUCAGCCCCAUCGUCAAGGACAUGUGCCUCCACAGUCUGUCGAUGGUCUACAGUAACGACUUUGUGACUAACGGCAACGUCACCCAGUUCCAGACCGCGCUCACCAAUCGCUUCAAGACCCUGCUGGCCACCAGCACCAACAAGUGGUUCUCCAUCUUCAUCCGCAACUACGCCGCGAACAACGAGACCGUGUCGUUCUCCUACGUCAUCUACUUCUGGUCCAAGAACGGCGACGCCAUCACCGAGAACAUCAACUCGAUCAGCUUGCGGUCGGUGCGCGACGUCAACGUCGAGGACGAGGGCGCCCAGGCCACGCUCACCAUCGACACCAGCUCCACCGAGUGCUCGACCGAGGACACGGGCCUCUCGCCCGGCGCCACGGCCGGUAUCGCGAUCGGCGCCGUCGCCGGCGGCGUGGCUGGCGCGGGCGCGCUCGCAGGCAUUGCCGCGGCCGGCUACGCAGUCUAUCGCCACAUGAACCGCGCGCCGCCUCCGGAGCAGCUGGCCUCGGGCGACACGGCCUUCGUCGACAACACCUCCAACGACAACAAGCUCUUCACCUCCAACCAGGCCGAGUUCCAGAACGAGCUCUACUCCCUCUAA